UUAAGGCGUGUUAACGGUCGCCGGUUCUCCGGCUGCAGGAUGGCAGCCUUAGGGUCCGGAGGCUACACGCGGAACGAUGCGGUCGAAAAGCUGCCGUCUGUCAUGGCGGGAGUUCCGGCGCGGAGAACCCAAUCCUCCCCACCUCCCGCCCCACCGCUUUGCCUCCGGCGGCGGACGCGACUCGCGACGGCGCCCGAGGACACAGUGCAGAACCGGGUAUCACUUGAGAAGGUGCUUGGGAUCACAGCCCAGAAUAGCAGUGGUCUAACCUGUGACCCUGGCACAGGCCAUGUGGCCUACCUGGCAGGCUGUGUGGUUGUGAUUUUGAACCCCAUAGAGAACAAGCAACAGCACAUCUUUAAUACUGCCAGAAAGUCUCUGAGUGCUCUGGCCUUUUCCCCCGAUGGGAAGUACAUAGUGACCGGAGAGAACGGGCACAGGCCUGCCGUGCGCAUCUGGGAUGUGGAGGAGAAAAGUCAGGUGGCGGAGAUGCUGGGCCACAAGUAUGGUGUGGCCUGUGUGGCCUUCUCACCCAACAUGAAGCACAUUGUGUCCAUGGGCUACCAGCACGACAUGGUCCUCAACGUCUGGGACUGGAAGAAAGAUAUCGUGGUGGCCUCCAACAAAGUAUCAUGCAGGGUCAUCGCCCUCUCUUUCUCUGAGGACAGCAGCUAUUUUGUCACUGUGGGGAACCGGCAUGUGAGAUUCUGGUUUUUGGAAGCCUCUACUGAAGCAAAGGUCACAGGCACCGUGCCCCUGGUCGGGCGCUCAGGCAUCCUGGGAGAGCUACACAACAACAUCUUCUGUGGUGUGGCCUGUGGCCGGGGCCGAAUGGCAGGCAAUACCUUUUGCGUGUCCUACUCGGGCCUCCUCUGCCAGUUCAGUGAGAAGAGAGUGCUGGAGAAGUGGAUCAACCUGAAGGUCUCCCUGUCCUCCUGUCUCUGUGUCAGUGAAGAGCUCAUCUUUUGUGGCUGCACAGACGGGAUCGUCCGAAUCUUCCAGGCCCACAGCCUGCACUACCUUGCCAACUUACCCAAGCCACACUACCUUGGCGUGGAUGUAGCCCAGGGCCUGGAGCCCAGCUUCCUCUUCCACAGGAAGGCAGAAGCAGUCUACCCUGAUACUGUGGCACUGACCUUUGACCCUGUCCACCAGUGGCUGUCCUGUGUGUAUAAGGACCACAGCAUCUACAUCUGGGAUGUGAAGGACAUCAACAAAGUGAGCAAGAUGUGGUCCGAGCUCUUCCACAGCUCCUACGUCUGGAACGUGGAGGUUUAUCCUGAAUUUGAAGAUCAGCGGGCUUGUUUGCCAUCCGGGUCUUUUCUGACUUGUUCCUCGGACAACACCAUCCGCUUCUGGAACAUGAACAGCGGCGGCUCCAGCUCUCAAUGGCAGAGGAAUAUCUUCAGCAACACUCUGCUGAAGGUAGUGUAUGUGGAGAACGAUAUCCAGCACUUGCAGGACACCUCCCACUUCCCUGACCGGGGCAGCGAGAACGGGACUCCUGUGGAUGUAAGAGCUGGCGUGCGCGUCAUGCAAGUCAGCCCUGAUGGCCAGCACUUGGCUUCAGGUGACCGAAGUGGCAAUCUGAGGAUCCAUGAGCUGCAUUUCAUGGAUGAGCUGGUCAAGGUGGAGGCCCAUGAUGCUGAGGUGCUGUGCCUGGAGUACUCCAAGCCUGAGACAGGACUAACCUUGCUGGCCUCGGCUAGUCGCGACCGACUGAUCCACGUGCUGAACGUGGAGAAGAACUACAACCUGGAGCAGACCCUGGACGACCACUCCUCCUCCAUCACAGCCAUUAAGUUUGCUGGCACGAGAGACAUCCAGAUGAUCAGCUGUGGGGCGGACAAGAGCAUCUACUUCCGCAGCGCCCAGCGGGCCUCGGAUGGACUGCAUUUCAUCCGUACCCACCACGUGGCAGAGAAAACCACCUUGUACGACAUGGAUAUUGACAUCACACAGAAGUACGUGGCCGUGGCCUGCCAGGACCGUAAUGUGAGGGUCUACAACACAGUGAAUGGCAAGCAGAAGAAGUGCUACAAGGGCUCCCAGGGUGAUGAAGGAUCCCUGCUGAAGGUCCAGGUGGAUCCAUCAGGCACUUUCCUGGCCACAAGCUGCUCAGACAAGAGCAUCUCGGUAAUAGACUUUUACUCGGGCGAGUGUGUCGCCAAGAUGUUUGGCCAUUCAGAAAUCAUCACAGGCAUGAAGUUCACCUAUGACUGUCGUCACUUGAUCACUGUAUCCGGAGACAGCUGCGUGUUCAUCUGGCACCUGGGCCCAGAGAUCACCACCUGCAUGAAGCAGCACCUGCUGGAGAUCAACCACCAGGAGCAGCGACGACAGCAGCAGCAGCCCAAGGACAGGACGUGGGGUGACCACCCAAGGCAGGAGACCUACACAUCCAUGCCCAGCGAGAUCCGAUCCCUCAGCCCUGGAGAGCAGACAGAGGAUGAGACAGAGGAGGAGUGUGAGCCAGAAGAGCUGGUGAAGACCCCAUCCAAGGAUAGUUUGGAUUCAGGUCUGGAAGGGGGCCCAGAUCCCCAGUGCCUGCUGACCAAUGGCAAGCUGCCGCUCUGGGCAAAGCGGUUGCUAGGGGACGAUGACGUGACAGAUGGCCCUGCCUUCCAUGCCAAGCGCAGCAGCUACCAGCCACAUGGCCGCUGGGCAGAGCGGGCUGACCAGGAGCCUCUGAAGACCAUCCUGGAUGCUCGGGCCCUGGAUUGCUACUUUACACCCAUGAAACCUGAGCAUCUGGAGGACUCAGUUGUGGACACAGUGGAACCGCAGAACCUGGAGGAUCUGCUGGGUGAAGCAGAGAGUCCCCAGGAGGAUGGCCAUGGGCAUCCCUCCUUUCUGUCCCUGCAGAGAGAGUCAUCUGAGGCCAGCAAGCUCCUUGUCUACUCCCUCGAUAGAGAAGUAACAGUCACAGGGACCGCCAGCCAGUACUAUGAGAAGGAGGCCAGGGCGGGGCCUGGAGAGCCACAGGCUGAGGCCUACCUCAAGGCGUCCUCCGUCAGCUUGAAGAACCAGAGCCCACCUGAGGGAUGCCUGGGUAUGGCAGAAGAACCGCCCCGGCCUGAGGGGCCAGGCCCAGCCAAUAGCUCCGUUCCCCAGACUCCUGAGCAGGAGAAGUUCCUCCGUCACCACUUUGAGACGCUUACCGAUGCCCCCUCUGAAGAGCUCUUUCAAGGGUCCCUGGAGGACGUGAAGGUCUCAGAGGCUGAGGACUUCUUCUUCAACCCCCGGCUGAGCAUCUCCACACAGUUUCUGUCACGCCUGCAGAAGGCAUCCAGGUUCACCCAUACCUUCUCACCCCUGCUGCCUCUGCACCUGGUGAAAUCUCCGGAGGUCAAGCUUCGCCACCGGGGAAGCCAGCCCCGAGCAGAGCCCCCGAGAGCAGGUACUGGCUACACCUCCCCAGACGGGACCAAUGUCCUUUUGGGGGGAAAGGCUGAGGAGCCCCUGGAGCCCCUGUGCCCACUGACCCCCCACCUUACAGGCCUGGCACCCUGUGUCCCUUCCUCCUCAGUGCUGCCCACAGACAGGAAGCCUUCAACACCCACAUCUGAACCAGGCCUGGAUCCGGGCGUCUGUACCCCCUCUACCUGCUCCUCCAUGGAAUCUACCACCAGCUCCCGAGCCAAGAUGUCAUGUGAGGAUCCCAUCCUCGCUGAGCUGGCCGGCCCCCUCCACAGACCCUCAUCUGUUGAGGAACUGGAUGCUCUGGGCCAGGAGCUCCCGGCCCUUGUCACAGCAGAACCCAGCUCUGGAAACGAGGACCAAGAACCUUCCCUGCCCUCCUGGGGCAACCACGAGGCCCGAGCCAGCCUAAGACUCACCCUGUCAAGUGUCUGUGACGGGCUGAAGCCACCCACCACGUGUGUCUGGUCCCAGGAGUCCGUGGACAUGAGGCCUGGUGUAACAGCCAGCUCGCUAGCCACCAGCCCUAUGGAUGGAAGCACCCCAAGGCUCCACAGCUCUGCCUUUCUUCCAAAGCUCCCAAGCCCCCCCUCCCUGUCCCCGUCUCCCCACUCCAACAGCCCCCCACUUCCAGAAGUUAGGCCUGAAGUCCCUGGUAGCACUUCCUCCCUUCCGGAGCCCAGCCCUGGUGUACCCAGUCCUGUCCCAGGGAGCUCUGGACACUGGAGGGAGCUCGGGCUACCGGCUGCUGGCCUACCCCCCACACCCCUCUACCUACAUGAUGUGACGAGCAUCUUGCACAGGCUGCAGACUGCCUUCCAAGAAGCCCUUGACCUUUACCACACAUUAGGCUCCAGUAGCUGGCUGGGCACUGACCAGCAGCAAGCACAGACCCUGCUGGCCUCCACCUUCCUUUGGAUCCACAGCCAGCUGGAAGCCAGCGACUGGCUGGUUGGAGAUGACUUGGCUCCUGCCCAGUCUGUGCCAAGCCCACAUCCUCCGUCCUCACCCACACUGGGCUCCUUGGCCAGCCCAGACUUGCAGGCCCUUUUGGAACACUACUCAGAACUGCUGGUUCAGGCUGUGCGGAGGAAGGCGCAGUGAGACCGAGGCCUUACUGCCACCAUCACUUGCUGCUCUGGAAAAGCAGGUUAUUUUGAGCAA